GCGCUCACGCUGGGUCACUCACGAUGCUUGAAAUAAAAUGUUAACAAGCAUCGAUUUCAAGCAUGUAUGUCGCGCGACAUUUUGCCAAGCGCCCUCAUGGCAGAAAUCGCCUGUACACUCUGCCUCUCGCUACCCCCGCUCUACACUUGCGAGCAAUCAUGCGACACUCUCGCACACUUCCAUACGUCUCCACCCCUGAACGCUCCCAUCGUUGAGGUGUUAAGCAAAAAUCGGCUCUGAGCUUGAGAGACACACUUGCACUCCACCAACCCCCCAUGACCGAUUGCUCCCGUCAUUGCGAUGAUGGGUUAUUGUUACAUCUGUGUGUGAGAUCCUCGCUCUCACUCCGCCAUGCCUUACCAACCUACUUCAUGCCGCAAUGCUUCCACAUUUGCGGUGUUGGUAAAAUUUUCAAUCUGAUGAGAGAGCGAAAGAAACUAUGGGCGAAUCAUAGUUCUAUUUGUCAAAACAGAAAUAAAACAGAUAAGCAUAAUUUAAUGAUAUUUAAUACAACACACAAUAAUUUACAAUUAGUUUAAGAGUAAUAAUGAUUCUUUAAAUGUGUGUUGUGUUUUAAAUCUUUUUUUCCUGGCAAUUGAAAGUUGUACACAAAACUAUUCUAAAAAUUUGGACAAGUAUUGAAGCUGUCCCAUAGUGAUAAAAGUUGUUUUCUUCAUCUGCGGUUCGCCUCCCUCGUUUGACAGAUAUCAGUGUUGACAAAAAUUGGCUUGGUUUGGUUCGGUGAAAUUCUGGAGUGAUUUAUGCUGUUUAACUAAUAUUAUUUCAAUAAAGUACAGUUUAAUUUGCUUGUGCUUACCGAGCAUAUAAGUGCAGUUAACAAAUAUUUAGUGUGCGGGGUGUGCGCAAGCGUAAAGGCGUUAAAUUGAUUUAAAUUAGCAGGUAAGUUGUGUAAAGUGUGAUGAUUGCUGGUGUUUUUUUUUCUUUUUGAGUUUAUAAACUGUAUAUUGUUAUAGGAUCCAGAUAUCCAGUUCGUAACGGCUCGAAGCAACGGGCAAUUGUGGAUCAGAAAGGAGGAAAGAAAGGGUGAGAGGGGAGAAUAGUGAGCGAAAGCACUCACAGCCGGUGAGUGCGUAGCUUAAAUGGAUAGCGGUAGCUUAAACGAUCAAGCCUCUCGUGAACGGGCACUCAGCGUGGCUUAAACUUUUGAAUGCCAAUAAGCUUUGUUUAAGCUACGAGUUUAAGCCUACAUGUCGCGCGAUUUCUGUCAGAAGGGCGGGUUCGCGAAGGGGUGCAACCCGCUUGGCAAAAUGUCGCGCGACAUGCAUGCUUGAAAACCCCCAGGACAAUCGCAUGGCAAUCGGAUUGAACGCGCAACAUUUUCCAUACAAUCCGCAGUGUUGCGUUUUCUUCGCGCCAACUUUGCCUGUAUUUUCAAUGAGCCAAGCGAUUUUACCCCCUCCUACACGCGUUGUAUCCUACAGCACGCUUGACGCGGCAACGUUCACCACAUACACACACACAUCUCCACACUCAGCGUACGACAUCUUCCCUGUUGCUGUUCUGGACUCAGACAAAAUUUGUGUUUCUACACUUAUUGUUCAAAAAAGUAGUAGCUCUUAGGAUCUGACUUUACAAACAAAUAUCAAAAUAUUAUGUUCUGCUAAUGAUAUUGCACUAGAUUUAAUUUCACUACAUGAAGUUUUUACAUAUCUUUCGUAAAAAAUUGUCAGAGUAUGAAAACGUCGUUACAAUUUGUCAUGAAUAAUUUAAAUUUUAAGAUUUUCGCGCAUAAAAUUAUGACGCGCGCUGUGCAUGUGCCUGCUGAAUUCUUAUAUCUGUCUCGCUUCUACACAUGUGUGCAUUACCGCUGUCAUCCAGUUGAAAACUUUGUUGUGAUUCGUAUUAGUGUUGAUAUUUUUGUUAUCUAAGGAACCUUUGAUUUGCGAUUUAGAUCAUCAAAUAGUAUAGAUUUAUCAUUUCAUGAGCAACAUAAUACCGCCAGUACCUCAGUGUUGUGAUCUAACGAGUAUUUAAUAAUUGAAAUAAACUAUAUUUACGUUAUUGUGUUAUACUUGCUGUUUGAGCAAUACGCUUGCUGUAAAUUUGAAUUCGGUAAACAAGUGACUUCAAGAUAUUCUAUUGUCCAUGCCCAAUCCCACCCAACUUGCCCCACCAGGGAUUUGCGAGUCUACGCCAGGGAACUGCGUUCAGUCCGAGAGUCCAGCAGUGUUCCAAAAUACCAAAUAGGUACACGCGGAAAUAUUCGUGACUGAAUAUGGAAUGUAACUUGUCCGUGUUUCCAUGGCUGCUAGGAUCCCACGUCCGGAAUUAUGUGUUGUGCUCACUUGAGUUGACUGCUUUUUCCAUAGUUGGCGGCAUCUGAUAUCUGUAUGUCGCUGCUCUUCGUUGCUGCUUCGCUCCACGAUGGAUGUGGAUACGGGUGUCCUUGCUUGCUGAGUAGAUUGGUAUGAGUUCCACAAACUGCAAUGCGUUCAUACCAAUUUCCCACGCCAAUUGCUGACUUACGCUGUACCAGUCUGAGCAAUCUGCAGCACUCCAGAAGCACUCCUGGCAGUCCCCGUACCGCACAGGUGGUGCGUAGCAUAACGCCGAAUCGGUGGCUGCUGCCAGCAGUGUAAGCUCGAUUAGUGAUGGAAAAUAUUCCAUAUUCGCAACAACUUAAAAGAACCGGAAAACUUUAUAAAGAUGCUGAUGCUAAGGCAAAAGUAUCAAGAUUGGAUACCCAGUCUAGUGCAACGCAUAGUGAAACGCAAAUUGAUCUGAGGAAUCAGCCUUCAACAUCCUCUGCAUUACCUUUUACUGCAGCUGAUAUAUUACCAAAUCAAGCAAACAUAGACGCAAGUAUCAAUUUAACAAUCAUAAGCGAUUGUGAUUCUGAAGGAGACAAUGAAAACAUCGACAUUAACGAGGAUGAGGAUAUUGAAAAUUUGGACAUCAACGAGCCUGAUGAAAAUGAAACCAUUAACAUCAACGAAGAGCAAGAGGAUGACGAAACAGAUGAAAUCGAAAUAGAAAAUCUGGAUCUUAAAGAAUGCUUAAAAAUCUGGUCAUUGGUUUCCAAUGUAGACCAUAAAUCGCUUCGGUUUCUGCUGAGAAUUUUACGUACAAACUGUGAUGCUUCUCUUCCUAAAGAUCCUCGUACAUUACUAAAAACUCCAAAGAAACCUGCAGGAAUUACAAACAUCACUGGAGGGCAGCUGUGGUACCAAGGAAUAAAGACAUGCCUCAUGAAAAAGUUUCGCACCGCCAACCUUGAUGACAAUAUUUCAACACUAAGCCUGAAAGUGUAUAUUGAUGGAUUACCACUUCAUAGGAGCACCAAUCUGGAGUUUUGGCCAAUCUUGGCGAGCAUCGACGAACUCCCAAACGAAGCGCCGUUGAAAGUGGGUAUUUAUUGUGGAUUGAAGCAUCCACAAAACAUAGAGGAAUAUUUACGGCAACUUGUAGAUGAGUUGAAAGAAUUGACUACCAGUGGUAUUGUUAUACACAACCGUUUCAUCAAAAUCAACCUGCUUUACUUCAUCGCUGAUACUCCUGCUAGAGCUCUGCUAAAAGGAGUUGUGAAUUUUAACGGAUUGCAAGGAUGCAUUAAAUGCACAUGUCAAGGAACAAAGGAAAACAAUAGAACUAUUUUUAGAGGAGUUUCUGCCGAGCAACGAACUAACAAAGCAUUUCGAGAUGGCGAUUAUAUGCCAGAGCAUCAAAGAGAACUAACUCCUCUAUUGGAGCUAGAAUGUUUAGAUAUGAUAAAACAAUUUAUUGUGGCUGAUGAAUUGCAUCUAAUUCACCAUGGAGUAUUCAAGAAACUAAUUAAGAGAUGGAGGGAUGGAGAGCGUGGCUUUUUACCUAGAUGGUCUGAUCAACAAUGUGAGACAAUUUCAUCAAAAUUAGCCGACAUUCAGCUUCCAUCCGAAAUUCAUAGAAGGCUACGACAUUUAAAGUAUUUGGAUAAAUGGAAAGCGACCGAGUUCAGAUCAUUCCUUCACUACGGGAGCAUAGUUGUUUUGCGUGAUAAUAUAUCAGACGAGCAAUAUUCCCAUUUUAUGUUGCUAUUUUGUUCAAUUACUCUACUAUCAUCAAAAGCGUACGAAGAGCAUUGGCCAAAAGCAGGAAAAAUGUUAAAUCGUUUUGUAAUGGACUACGAAACAAAUUACGGACCAAACGGUUUAACCAGCAACGUACACAAUCUUCAGCACGUUCUAGAAGAUGUCAAAAACUACGGCCCACUUCCAUUAAUAUCAACAUAUUCGUUUGAAAAUGAACUACGUCUUUUGAAGCUGCUGUUAAGGAGUGGAGUGAACUGUUUACAACAAGUGAUAAACCGUUUGGCAGAAUUAGAUCAACUUGACAACCGACAUAAAAAUACAGAGGAGAAUAUUAAAUAUCCAUGCGUUAAACACCACUGCGAUAAGAGGACAGCACAUAUACGUCAAGGAUUAAUGUUACAGCAAGGAGAUAGAAACGGAUGGUUUUUAACGAAGGAUAAUCAUGUGGUUAGAUUUGAAUCAGCAGUUGAACGCGCAUCAACAGUGGUUAUAAAAGGAAAAAAAGCUUCUGACCAGCGAGGAAUAUUUUUACAAGCCUAUAAGUUCCUUCCUUUUGAACAUAUCGAAGGGUAAUAUGAAUGAGUUAUCAUCAUUUUCAGAUGAGUUUUUCCCUCAAAGUAUAAAGUGUAAGUUAGUAGCUAUAAAAACAAUGUCAGAAGAGUAUGUGUACAUUCCAUUGCUUCAUACUUUAGAAACAUAAAUAAAUAAACAUAUUCAUAAAGAGCAAUCCUGACAGUUCAUUUAUUUAAUAAUAGUUCACAUUGCUUAGAAUUUUAAAUUCUUUUAAUUUUAAUUCAUUUCAUAAAUUCAAACUUUGUUUCAUUAUAUACUUAACAUAUGUUAUCACAUAUACUUAACAUAUGUUAAGUAUAAGAUCAUGUGUAAGCAUAUCGAACAUAAUUAACAUAAUAUAAUGUAAUAUAUAAAGGAACAUGCUUUGUUAUUAAUUCUUUUUUCUCUAGCAUUACCUUAUUUAGUGUUUAGGCUUAAAAUUAUGAGAAGUAGAAGCACGAGCUCCGGACAGAUUAAGUCUAGAGCUGGCAUGUCGUAAUUUCUGUCCUAUAUAAUCAAAAACAAAUCUUUCCGCCGGUUUCACAAAUUUUGUCUCCGCAAUUUCCAAGAAUAAUUUUUUUAUAUUAGUGUAGGACGAGAAAGGAAUCUUUUGCUCUGUUUUACUGCGUCCGGACCAAGUCAUUUUAGCUAAAAAUUGUCGGGAAAAUAGUAAGUCCAAUGCUUGGUGUAUUUGGUAUUUAGAGUUCCCUAACUUUAAUGAACUUCGCAGUUCCGUUAAAAUUUUUUGUUUAAAAGUACCGUUUGAUUCUCCUAGCUGGCUUUCAAAAUCCUCUAAUUGUUUUUGGUCCUGUAUUGCUUCGAAAUCAAAUUCAUUAACUGGCUCACUAUGUCCUGAUUUUUCGUGUAAUACAUCUAUUAUGUAAUCUAAUUUGGUAUUUAAAAUGUCCAAUUUGCGCUCUAAUGUUGAAUUUGUUUUUUUGCUUUUCUGAUUGGCUGAUGUAGUUGCAGUCGUAGUUGAGGUUGUUGUAGGUAUUGCCUUACUAUUGUCAUUUGGUGCGGGUGUCGAUAUCGGUAUGGAUAGGGUUUCAUCGAAUGAAUGGUUGUAAAGAUAAUCUGUAACAAAGCAAAUUAAUAAACUUAUUCAAGUACAUUUAA